GUAGUAGUCGUGUAGUGGUCUUUUCUACCCCUGGAGUGGGUGCAUUCACUCAGUCACUCAGUCACUCACUCACUCAUUCACUCACUCACUCACUCACUCACUCACUCACUCACUCACUCACAGGGAAGUAGUAAAUAGAAAAAAGUUUUGGAUAAAAGAAGGCGCAGGCGUUGAAACUUAUGAUAGAGCCAUUUUAAACACGAUGUUGCCGCGCCCGUCCGUCCGGCAGCAUCGGUGUUCAGCACUGCAGUGGUGGACGGCGCCAGGAGACUACUCGUAGUAGAGGAUUCAGGCUUGGGUAAAAUUGUGCGGUUUGUUUUCGCUGCGUUGCAUGAGGAGGGCAUGAUCGGAAAGGUUCUUUCUCUCUGAAGAGAACAAGAGCAUAAGAAAAGCAGGACUAGACGAACCUUCUUCACCAUAGCGGAUACAAGAACUCUUUUCAGUGAAGAAACAGAACAGCUACAUCAAAUAGUGUUGACAUCGAUUUUCAAAGGAAGAAAGAAACUUUUCUUGCAGCGGAUCGGUUUAGCAGCUUCAGGAGUCGCUCACAAUGCCGGACUUUUUUUCGUCUCGGAUUCAGUGCACCGGCUUCGUUGCCGAUGAGCACUGGACGCGGGCGGUGUCCAGCAAAGUUGAUGCGGAGUUCGUGAAGAGCGAAGAUGCGAAGGCGCUUUAUGCCUGGCUGGACGCGGACGAGGAGGGCAACAAGACAAUGCAGGUGCACGUGAUCUCGGCAAAGAAGACAGCGGAGGGCGUACCUUUGGAUAACAUACCUACGGACAUCGUCUCAGGUGGUGUGAGUGAUUUUAGUUACUUUUUAAAGCGUGAGCAUGAUCCGAGCAAAGAUCUGCAGACGACGGUACACAGCAGCCACAUCCGAGGAGACUUGGUCCAGGGUUUGCUGCAUAACAUGAACAGCAUGUUUGUGCCGAUGUCGCGGUUGAACCACGGAUGGCCUGAGAAUGUGCAAAAGGAGUUCAUCACGCAGAUGCAGAAGUUUAUGUCCAGCGUGACGGAAAUGGCGUACCAGGCCAAAGGCGCUACGGUACUGUACGUUCCGCCAGACGACCUGAGCAACGUUGACGCCGUCGCCAAGGAUAAAAAUAUCGUGCCACGACUAGAGGCCAGUUUGAUCCACUGGACACGGCAGAUCAAAGAAGUCACAAGCUCGCAGGAGCAGAGCGGUGGAAACGAGGGGCAAGAGAGCGCAGGACCACUGGAUGAAAUCGAUUUUUGGAGAGCAAGGGAUUUGGAUCUCUCAAGGUAAUUUUCACUUGCUGUAGUUCUUUAUGAUUUUGUCAUGGCAUGAGUGAAAUCCGCCAGUCCACCCUCUGGAAGAGUGUGGUAGGUCCUCUUCGGUCUCUUGCUGAGCAGUCUUAAACUUUCAUUUCUUUGCUGAGUUCAUUCUAGUUGUACAUCUACUUCGUUUCAUCCAAUUGCUUCACAUUUCAAUGCAACAGGUUGGCUCAGCAACUUCAGUCUGACGACUUGCAGAGAGUGCUCGAAGUUUUGGAAGCUGCAAAGAGUUCGUAUUUGAACCAGUUCCGAGCACUAGAAAAAGAUAUCCAGGAGGGCAGCCGAGAGGCGAGGGAAAACCUUGGUUUUCUCAAUUAAGGCUACCCCCAAUCCAUCUCCUGAAGCAUCUUGGACUUAUCCGAUACGGGGGAUAUCCUUCAUCCGAUAACGGGGCCCAAGAUGAAUCCGAAGAUGGAUUUGGUUGAGCUCUAAGUCAAUCUGCUGAAAGAACCUGCAACCGAACUGUGCGGGCUUACAGUUGUGCAAAUCCCGAAGAUUCUGCCAGAGCUGCUGAACAUAGUUCGUUUUAUCUGGACGGUUUCAGACACAUACAACACGUCGGAUAGGAUAUCAAAUCUCCUUCGAACCAUAAGUAAUGAAAUCAUACGGAGAUGCCAGCACUCAGUGGACGUGGAGCGCAUCCUGAAUUUAAGAAUUGGAUGUGUUUUGUAACCCAUGAAUGGGAAGCGGUACUAGACUACUGCUGCGUACUACACAUUGGAUCCUCGAGUAACAUCCUUCGCGUUUUUUCCAAUAGGAAAAAGGUCAAGGAUUUUUUUCAAAAAUAGUAACCUCUAAUACAUCCAGGAGCCACGAAAGAAAAAAGCAGAGAAGAAGACGUGAGGGAAACCAUGGUAAUUUCAACAUCUUGAAGUACUCAGAUGUUGAUGUGUCAAUUUUCUAAUUGUCUGGCGUUUUACUAGAUACUGAUGCGUAAAAGCUACAUGAAAACUUCCGUCUUUCUGCAGCACAGUGUGCCGAGACACCGCAAAAAAAAAUCACUUUCUUUAACAUUACCGUACUACAGGUCCUGCUCGAACAAUGUGUGGAGUGCGGCCGCAAGUGGAAGGAGGAGUACCAUUUGACCUGCGCAGCCAUUCGAAAAAACGAGCCUGCAGAUCGGCAUUGGAAUUUUUCGGAAGGCACUAUUUUCGCCCAAGCUGAUGCUUUUGUGCAAAGGUGCUGUGAUCUACUAGAGAUCGCGGAGGAGCAGCUUCAGUUUGCCGGUUUCUCGACGCGCGAGAACAUCACCGACUCGGACAACUUGGGUGAUCAUGAUAACCUGGACAAGAUUCAAGACCUUGGUUCGCUUGUGAACCCGACCUUGCCGAAGUUCGGGGGUGCCAAAGCAGGCGAGAUUAUUCGAAGCUUGUUCGAGAUCGAGACUAGUUUUUUGAAGCAGGUGAAAAUUACGGCUUUUCCUAAUCCAUCUUCAGAGGCAUCCUGGGAGGGCUUUCCACGGGAAAAAGGUCAUUGAACCUCAUAAGCGUGCUACCUAGUAGAAUCCCCUCCUUAUAACAAGAUUCUCAGAUGGAUAAGGGUGACACCCUUUAAGAAAAAGCUGCACGAUGUAGAUUACAACGUGCUUGACGUCAAGAGCAUGCGUUGGGGUGAGGACUUUGGGGGGUUUAAGAACCAGAUGAAAGAUCUUGAGGUCAUGUACACAAAUGUCAUUAGCAGUGCGUUUGAGUCCGUGUCAACCUUAAGGCUUACCGUAAUUCAUCUUCUGAAGCAUCUCAGAGACAUUUUUCAAGGGGAGAACGGUCUCAGGAUGGACUUCGAGAUGGACUAGGGUGAGCUCUAACAACUGUGAGUCAGUGCGUGCAUGUCUUCGAUAGUUUUUACCUACUGUGCAAGCGUGAGCGCAUAAAGUCUUUCCUCGAGAAGAAGGCAAGCGAGGUGGGUGGCUUCCUGAUCUCGGAGAUCGGCAAUGUGAAGCGCGAAUUCGAGCGAUUCCGCAAAAAUAGUGGGGGAAUUUUGCUUGUGCAUCCGCCCUACAGCGGUGUUGCCAUGUGGGCACGAGGUUUGAUGCUGCGCAUCUCGCGGCAGUACGAAGAGCUCGGUAGCCUCUGCUACAUGCCACAGGGAUCCGUCCGGACGGAGACCGUGCGCACCGAGUACGCCAAUAUGAUGGCAAUGCUCGAAAGCUUUUGCAGUACGACCUUCCACGACUGGAUCUCGCAUGAGCUGGGCACUGAUGAAGACGAGCUCGCUGAGAAACUCAAGACUCCGUUGCUGUGUCGUGUGCCAUUGCCCCCCGGUCAACAAGGCGGCUUUGGCUCCUUGUUGGAGAGCAACUUCGACAAGAAUCUUUUGCGAAUCUUCAACGAAACCUACUACUGGGAAAAGAUUCAGGGAAGCGGCAUUGUGGUUCCCUUCCACGCGCACGACAUUUCCACCACUUUCCGCGACCCACUUAGGAUUACGCGCGAGCACGUCAUGCGGGUGGUGCGUGAGUACAACAGCAUUAUCCUGGCCCUUGCUCCGGAGGAGCGACGGUUAUUCGCGCACCACAUCAAGAGUAUGGACCGGAAGAUCGGUCCUGGUAUCCAGAAGUACACGUGGACGUCGCAUGGCGUCAAGGAGUUCUUUGUGCGUGACGCACUUAAAGAGUGCAACAAGUGUUCAGACUUUGUCUCGCAAUACAAGGACAACAUCGGGCGAAUCCGUCAAGUCACGCGCAACAAGUUCGCUUCUGCGACCUUGAUCUUGAUCGAGAGGAAGCACAUCCACACUGAUUCGGAGUUCCGCAUGAUUCAAGACCAACACAGGGAGAAAAUCAAAGCACAGUUUCGAGAAGCGCACUCCCAAAUCGUGGAUAUCAUGUUGGCAACCUACGUCUUCUUCGAGUCGCAUCCGCCUGAUAUCCAACAGCAGUGGCGAAUCUUCGUCGAUAAGAUCGAUCGCUUGCUAGAAGACGCGCUGAAGAAAGCGACGAAGACGAGUCUGCAGGACCUGUCCAGGUAAGUAUGAUUUUCGAAUUUAGUAAAUACAAGCUCCUUAUGUAUCGACUUCCUUGUCUGACGAAAAUCUUUGAUCUGUUUGCAGAUCUUCGUUUAUGUUGUAGGCACGAGGAAUCAUCUUUCUACUGCCCCAAUUCGCAGGACUCUGAACGGUGACAGCAAGAGCGAGCCAUUGGCUCUGUUCCGCGUGCAUGCCAUUUUGGAUGCAUGGAAGAUGGACUUCAAUCCGACCAUGAACCAGCUGAAGGAGUUGUUGCAGACUGUCUGCCGUGACACUACGAUGACGUUGCAGGAGGUCCCGCGAUUGUGGGAUCACUUAAACGCGGAAAAGGCCAAGCGCGACACGAAAAAGAAGGCUGAACUGGAAGAGCUCGGUGACUUGGCUGGCGCCAACGCCAUUACGAUUAACUAUGUCCCGCCUCCACCCGGAACCAAGAAGGCUACAUUCUUCGAAGCCAUUUCGAAGGACGACGAGUGCUGCAUCCGAUAUGUCAAGGAGGUGCUUAAGGGGUUCAACGCCUGCUCCGUGAAGCUAGGCGAGCGCCUCAACUGGUGGAACAGCAACUAUCAGCCGAUCGUCUCGCAGGACAAAGACGCUUUUAUUCGAAGAUACGCGCGCACUGAGCGCCCACUGUCUGUUGCUGGCCAAGACAUUCAGCGGUAUAAAGAGGUGCAAAUGGAUAUUCAGCAGGAGGACACGAAGACCGUGAUCGGCUUCUUGGAGACGGAUUUUUCUCUCCUAAAAGCGGCGUUGACAGAGCACUGUGUGGAAUGGCAAAAGAAGCUGACUGGCUUGCUCAAUGAAAACGCGUUGCGCGACAUGGACGCGUUGUACAAGUACUUUGCUGAUACUAGCGUGAUAGUUUUGCAUCCGCCAGAGAAUCUGAACGAGCUGCGCGACGGUUUUCAACUGCUGACGAAGAGUCAGAACAUCCUCGAAGACACGCGUGACCGCAUCGAGCCGAUCGAGGCCAUGUAUGCCAAGCUGACCGAGUUCGACGUGGCGGUCUCCGAGGAGGAGACGGCGCGCAAGAACAACCUGCGCGCGGCGUUCGAGGAAUUCUGCGACCAGCUCGGGCAGAGCGAGACCAUCAUGGGCAAAGCGAAGAAGACGAUGAAGGCUGCUUUCGAGGGUGAAAGUGCCGCUUUCAAGCAGAGCGUGAAAGACUUGAAGAAGACUCUGCAGCAACUCUGUCCGUACUCGGUAGAGACCAAGGACGGCCUCUUGUCGAAUGACGCGGCGUUCGCGAUCAUCGAGGACUUCAAGGAACAGGUGGCGAACAAGCGUGCGAUCGAGGAGGACCACGGCCCGAAACUAGAUCUUUUCGGCAUCGAGAAGAGCGAGUAUCCGGAAUUAGAAGCGUGCGAGCGGGAUUUGGAGCUUCUAACGACGAUCUGGACAUUGAAGCAAGACUACGACGUAGACUUUUUUCAAAAGAACCAGACUGCGCCUUUCACGGAUAUCAACGUGGAGUAUCUGGACGAAACCGCUGGCGCUACGCAGAAGAAGGUGAUGCGAUUGAAGAAGGACAUGCAGUUCUGGUCGGUGUGGCAGUUUCUGAAGGGGUCAAUAGACACUUUCCGCAGCACGAUGCCUUUGAUCGAGAAUCUGCGGCACGAUUCUAUGCGAAUGCGCCACUGGGAGGAGAUCAUGAAAGAAGUGGGGCAAACGUUCGACCCCUAUGGUUCAGACUUCACGCUGCAAACCGUGUUCGACUUGAAUCUGCUGGCGUACAGCGAUCUAGUGUCUCGACUCGCGGACGAGGCCAGGAAGGAGGCUAAGAUCGAGAUUGGCGUCAGGGAUAUUGAGAGCACGUGGAAGAGUAUGGAGCUGGUGAUCGGCGAGCACAAGCAGGUAUACUACAAGUUGAAGCCGACCGAAGAGAUGAACAUGGCGCUCGAAGAGCACAUCUUAGCCCUCUCCAGUUUCAAAUCCUCACCCUUUGCCAUUCCGUUUGCACAAGCGAUAGAGUACUGGGAGGCCACGCUGGCGACGAUAUCAGAGGUGCAGGAGCAGAUUCAGAUCGUCCAGAAGUCGUGGAUGUACUUGGAGAACAUUUUCGUUGGCUCUGAGGAUAUUCGGCCGCAUCUUCCGCAGGAGAGUAUCAUGUUUGACGAAGUGAGUGACAACUUCACGACCAUGCUCGGGCGCAUGUACCAGGACCCAGUCGCCGUGCGGUGCUGUUUGGUUCCGGGACUCUACGACAUGCUCGAGAAGGACAGUGGAAAACUAGAGAAGAUCCAGAAAUCACUCGACGACUACUUAGAGAAAAAGCGACAGCUUUUCCCGCGUUUCUACUUCUUGUCGAACGACGAUUUGCUCGAAAUUUUGGGGCAGGCCAAGGACCCCGAGGCCGUGCAGAAACAUUUGAAGAAGUGUUUCGAGGGUAUUAAGUCUCUGGACUUGGUAGCGCCGAGUGCGAAGGAUCUGAAGAGCAGCGGCGGAACAAAAGCGUGGGAAGCGAUUGGCAUGAACUCGCCAGAUGGCGAGAAGGUGAAAUUUAUCAAGUUAAGGCUUCCCCUAAUUCAUCUGCCGAGACAUCCUGGGUAGGCCUCUCAAGGAGAAACGAGGUCUAUGAUGUAUCCGGGGAUGGAUUGGGACGAGCUCCAAUCAAGCCAGUGCCUUUAGAUCCUCCAGUAGAAGGCUGGCUUGUGGUUGUAGAGAGGCGGAUGCGCGAGAGUCUGCGAAAGGUAUUGAACACCACGCACGUUGCAAACAUCACGAAGAAUGCCAUGAAAAAGGAGAAAUGGGUCAAAGAAUUUCCGGGUACUACAGAACAACUGUUGUAUUUAUCUCUUUGAUGUGGUUAGUUUUUCUCACUUAAUUCGUUGGAGAUCAAAGACCUCCUGGUAGGCAUCACGAUUUCCUGUACCGCAGGAUUGAGUAUAAUCGGGAUAGCUCGGUAGAAAUAGUUGUCGAUUCCAUCCACGGUGAUUUCAUCAGACAUUUUUUCUCAGGUCAAUUGCUGAUUACAAGUGGGCAGAUCGCCUGGACAACGGAUUGCGAGAAUGCGCUGGCUCUUAUAGAGAAGGGAAAGAAGAACGCGAUGAAACUCCUGAAGAAGUCUCAAACAAAGUACAUCGGAAAGAUGACCGAUAUGAUUCGGAAGCCGCUAAACCGGGUAGAACGCGGCAAGCUGGUGGCGCUCAUUACUAUCGAGGUAACAUUUUUGUACACUUGCUAUCAACAUUGUACACUCAGUAGAGACGUAGAAAAAGAAAGAUUUUGGACAAGAGUUUUCGUAGUGUUUCAUUCUUCUUGCCUCACGAAAAUUGUGUCACAGAGAUACACGCUGGGGCAUCUUUGGAAAGCAACUUCAUCUUCGAAACGAAAUUCGGAUAAUGAGACAAAUUCAGCCAUUCCACAAUGAAUCAUUUUUCAGGUGCACGCUCGCGACGUGCAGGCAAAGCUGGUUGAAACGAAAACGGACAACCCGCGAGCCUUCAUGUGGAUGCAGCAAUUGCGGUUUGCGCUGAAAGACUUACCAGACGAAGCACCUGGCAACGCCCACUGCUACGUGCUCCAGACCAACACCAACUCGCCAUACGGGUACGAGUACCAGGGAAACAACGGCCGUUUGGUCGUGACGCCCAUGACGGAUCGUUGUUACAUGACGCUGACCACAGCCAUGCACUUGAAGCGUGGUGGUGCACCACAGGGGCCCGCCGGAACGGGUAAAACCGAGUCCACAAAGGAUUUGGGUAAAGGUAUGGCGAAAUACGUGAUCGUGUUCAACUGCUCCGAUGGUUUGGAUUACAAGUCUUUGGGACGCAUGUUUUCGGGUCUCGCGCAGUCUGGUUCGUGGGGUUGCUUCGAUGAGUUUAACCGAAUCGAUGUUGAGGUGCUUUCGGUGGUCGCGGUGCAGAUCUUGACAUUGCAGGCGGCUCUGCGUCAAGAAGUGACGCAGUUCCUCUUCGAAGAGCGCAUGAUCAAGUUGGAUCGCGGGUGCGCAGUGUUCAUCACGAUGAACCCGGGUUAUGCGGGUCGGUCCGAGCUGCCGGACAACCUGAAAUCGUUAUUCCGUCCCGUCGCGAUGAUGCUUCCAGAUUUCGCGAUGAUCAUCGAAAUUAUGCUUGUCGCGGAGGGUUACAAGGAUUUCAAGCCAUUGGCCAAGAAGAUGGUCUCGCUCUAUGACAUGAUGAAGCAGCAGAUGUCGAAACAGGACCACUACGAUUUUGGUUUGCGAAACAUCAAAUCCGUGCUCAACUGCGCAGGAGCGCUUAAACGAUCAGAGCCGGACUCGCCGGAAGCACAACUGCUGAUGCGCGCUAUCAACGACAUGAACGCGCCGAAAUGGGUUAGCCAAGAUCUGCCCCUGUACUGGGCACUCAUGUCUGACAUCUUCCCGGGGCAAGAUCUCCCAGAUCCGGACUACGGUUCUCUUGAAGAUUACAUACGAUCCUGGUACUAGUACUAUACCCUUGAUGUAGUUGACUGCGUGCUAGAAGAACAGAUGAGCUGGUUUCUAUCUAUGAUUUACAUUUGUGUCUUCUAAGGACGUGGAACAAAAUAUGACAAGCGAUCGUGUGGUCGGAAAAAAAAUCACCAGCCUCCGCGCGAACGGUUACCAGGAGACGUCGCAUAUUAUCAAGAAGACGAUCAGUACCUACGAGACGAAGAUGACUCGUCACGGAAAUAUGCUUGUCGGGAACACUCUUGGUGGUAAGACUGUCGCGUGGAAGACGCUGCAGGAAGCGAAGUGCAACUUAAAAGCUGACAAGAUUGAGGGCUUUGAGAAGGUCCUCAGCUACAUUUUGAACCCGAAGAGUGUGACCAUGGAUCAGUUGUACGGUGCUUACGAUCUGAGCACUAUGGAAUGGAUGGACGGUGUUCUUUCAUCCCUUAUGCGUAUCAUGUGCCAGGAUGAGAAGGCGGACGAAAAGUGGUUACUACUAGAUGGCCCAGUUGACACGCUGUGGAUCGAAAGUAUGAACACCGUUCUCGACGAUAACAAGGUUCUAACCUUGAUCAACGGUGACCGAAUCAGCAUGCCCGGCACGGUGAGAUUGCUGUUUGAGGUUCAGGACUUGAAAGUCGCCUCCCCAGCCACAGUUUCUCGUGCAGGAAUGGUCUACUUCGACACGCUCGACAUGGGAUACAUGGCCCCUUAUCAAUCGUGGUCCGCUGUCACCUACAAGGAUAACGAAGAGAAACGCAACUACAUGCAGGAGCUUGGCGAUAAGUGGUUCCCCAGUUUGCUGAAUGUGCGUCGGAAUGCCAGCUAUGCACAGACGGUUCCCAUCAGCGAGAACAUGGCUGUGAAAAACUUCGCGAAUAUCUACACGUGCUUCGCCCGAAAGCUCGACACUUUGCUGAACGGCCUUCCGGAAGACAAUUAAGAAAUAUACGUUGGUCCCAUUACUCUUUUAUCACUAAAGUUUCAGAACAGAUUCAUCAAAGUGUGAGUAAAGGCGUUCCUGUUACCGUUUGUUUUGCCUGUCUCCCGGAGGAAGAGAAAGGCAGAACAAACGGGAAACAGAAACACCAAAACCCUACCGCUAAGACAAGGGAGGCGCGCCAGGUGGCGUGGCGAAGGACGGCACGGAGCCUCCCAUGACGGCAAAGCAAAAGGAGAUCUUCGAGCGCAUGUUCGCCUUCUGUUGCGUCUGGUCUUUGGGUGCGAGCGCGACAGAAAAAAGCCGCAAGCAGUUCGACGAGGCCAUGCUUAUGGUCAACAUUGAGUGUCCAUUUUUCUCGACAUCUUGGUCUCCUUUUGCCUUGUAUCCUCAUGGAAUACAAGGGGAAAGGGGUCGAGAUGAGGGGGCCGAGAUGGGUAAAAGCUGACUCUAACAUGCGCAGCGUGGAGUCGCGCAUCAUGCCGUCGAACCAAACGGUAUACGAAUACUAUUUGAACUUCGAGAAACACGGCGAAUUGGACUUGUGGGAAGCAAGACUCCCACAGCCGUUUUACAGGCCACCAGAGGGCGCGCCCUUCCACAGAAUCCUGGUGCCAACAGUGGAUACGAUCCGCAACGGCGUGAUCAUCCGCGAGCUCACGGUGAACAACUUCCACUACAUCACCACGGGUAUGACGGGAACAGGGAAGACCGUGGCUUUGCAGGCAGUGAUCGCGAACGACUUGGACGAGCAGACGUGGACGUCCCUGAACAUCAACAUGUCGGCGCAGACCUCUGCGGCAGCUGUCCAGGAGAUCAUCGAAGGCAAAGUAGAGAAGCGGAUCAAGAACAAGUUUGGACCGCCGGGCAACAAGAAGAUGCUCUUGUUCGUGGACGACCUGAACAUGCCAAGAAAAGACACCUUUGGGUCGCAGCCGCCGUUAGAGCUGUUGCGACAGUGGAUGGACUACGGACACUGGUACGAUUUGAGCAAGCAGACAAUGCGCAUCAUCCUGGACAUGCAGCUCGGCGCAGCGAUGGGCCCACCAGGUGGUGGUCGCGCCGCUAUCUCUGAGCGGUUCCAGUCUUGCUGCCACUUGCUGAACUUUGCGAACCCGGCAGACGCUCAGGUGAAGCGCAUCUACAUGACACUGGCACAGCACAAGCUUCACGCUUUCAAGGAUGACGUGAAGAAUUUGGCGGAGAAUCUCGUAGGCGCAAGUAUUGACCUCUACGGCGUGAUGGUAGACAAGAUGCUUCCGACACCAGCCAAGUGCCACUAUCUGUUCAACUUGCGUGACGUGUCCAAGAUAUUUCAGGGUCUUUACAUGGCGGAGCCGGGGCUUGUGCAGGAUAAAGAAACAAUCGUGCGUAUGUGGUGGCACGAAGCUAGUCGCGCCUUCGGAGAUCGUCUAAUCUCGAUGGCGGAUCGUGAUCAAUUCGACCAGUUUGGCGACUCCGUGAUGGAAAACAGACUGUCAAGUCGAAUUGGCGAUGUGGAGAUGGCGCCAGACGGAAAGAAGAAGCAGAAACUCAUUUUCGCGCACAUCGAUAUGGCAAAUACGGACGCAGAGAACCCAGACUACACGCAAAUUUCGGAUCGUGUAGCGCUUAAGCAGUUUGCGAACAUCAAACUUGACGACUACAACGAGAUGAUGAAGAAGAAGCCAUUGUCAUUAGUCAUGUUUCAAGAUGCAAUUGAGCACAUGUGCAAGAUCUUACGUGUAUUAAAGCUUCCACGCGGCAACGCAUUGCUCGUUGGUGUAGGUGGUAGCGGGCGGCAUUGCCAGACACGGUUGGCCUGCUUCGUCUUAAGGCUCCUACCGCUAAUUGUUCCCUAUUUUUUUUAGAGGCAUCCUGAAGCUGUCCCAUGAGGACAAAGAGGCAUCAAGAUCUUGCAUCGUCCAUGGCUCUUUCUUUAUAGUUGAAACAGAGGCCAAGGAUGCGCUUAGGGAUGCGGACGCGGUAGCUCUAAUUAUCGCAGACUACGAGUGCUUCAACAUUGAGAUCGAUAAAUCCUAUAGACACCAGAGCUUCCGGGAUGAUCUGAAGAAAAUCUACGACAAGACCGGCGUGAAGCGAGCUCCGACGUGCUUUCUCUACUCUGACACAGAAAUUAUCACGGAAAGUUUCCUCGAAGACGUUAGCAACAUCUUGAGUAGCGGCGAGGUGCCCAAUCUCUUCGCAAACGACGAACUCGGCACCGUGCUGCAAGCUUGCGAAAAAGCUGCCAAGGCAGAACUUGGGUAUUCUCUACCUGUCAUCUUCUUUUGACUGCGUGGAAGUAAGAUGUUGUAGAUCUGCUUGCGAAUCCGGCGACUGGUGAGUUUUUCUUUUCCGCUGUAGGUACUGAAUAUCAGCAUUAUUACACCUUCAAGCGAUCUGACCCUUCUUCACAACACACCCCUUGAGGUUGCGCAAUGUGACACCGGAGCAGCUCUACGGGUUCUUCAUCGGUUGCGUGCGAGAAAACCUCCAUGUUGUGUUCUGUAUGAGUCCGAUCGGUAGUGGAUUCCGAAAUUACUGCCGCAUGUACCCAAGUUAAGGCUUCCUCAAAAGACUUAUCUCAUCUCUGUAAUCUCACAAUAUUUCUUGAAAUUCUAAGGUCUAGAUGCUUAAAGAAAGCAUCUGGGAGCUUUUCUCUACGGGAAAGACACUCCAAAGAUCGAUGACCUUCAAGAUGAAUUUCGGGAAGGUCUAAGCAAGUUUGGUAUCCUGCACGACGGUCAACUGGUUCCUCACCUGGCCGCCAGAAGCCUUGACUGAGGUCGCGCUGAAGUUUUUAUCUGAGGGCGAAGACCCCGUCGACCCGAAGAUUGCGGAGCCACUGGCUAUUGUGUUCGGUCUGUCGCAUACUGCGGUGAUUGAGGCGAGCGACCGCGUGCUGGCAGAGAUGAAGCGAAAUAACUACGUGACACCAACAAACUACCUGGAAUUAGUGUCCGGGUAUGUGAAGACUCUGCGAGAGAAGCAAGCCUUUGUCGGCGGCGCGGCCGACAAGUUGCGCAAUGGUCUGCACAAGUUGUCCGAAGCGCGCGUGCAGGUCGAGGAACUUGCAGUUGAGCUGGAGGUGAAGAGCGACAUCGUGGCACGCAAACAAAAGGAGUGUCAAGAGCUUCUAAUCGUCAUCACAGAGAAGCGCAUGGCUGCGGACGAACAGCAGAAACAGGUCGAGGAAGACUCAGCGCGUAUUGAGAAAGAAGCAGCAGACACCAAAGUUCUGGCAGAAGAUGCCCAGCGCGAUCUGGCUAAGGCGAUGCCAGCGAUGGAAGCCGCGCUUGAUGCCCUCGCGAAACUCGAUAAAAAGAGCAUUUCCGAAGUCAAGGUGAGGAGCAUUUUUCUUUGUAGCGACUUCUAAUUAAGAGCCGGCAGUUUUUAAGAGAACUACUUACUUGAGACGCUUUGAUGAUGAUAUUCGUGAUCGAUCCAUAAAUCUAUCUGGCGCCUCACUCGAUAAAUGACCUUCAUUUCCUGAUAGGACUGAAUAAGUAAUCAUAAAGAUAAGACGAGGAUGAUGAACUAUGUGAUGCAUUCAAUCCCAUACCAGGCAUACGCCAAGCCACCGGAGAUGGUGAUGAAGACUAUGAAUGCGGUGAUGACAGUGAUGGACAAGCAAGCGAACUGGGCAAGCGCCAAAGUCGAGUUGAACGAUACACGCUUCCUGGAUAAGCUGAAAGAAUUCGAUAAGGACCACAUCCCUAACACGACCCUGAAGAAGAUGGACAAGUACAUUAAAGACCCAACAUUCACACCGGCACAGGUGGCUAAAGUGUCGCUGGCUGCGGGUGCACUCUGUCAGUGGGUGCAUGCGAUGAACAUUUACGCCGCAGUGGCGCGAGAAGUCGAACCGAAGCGUUUGAAGCUGCGACUCGCGCAGACAGCUUUGGAGAAAAAGCUAGAGUUUUUGGAGAAUGCUAAGCGGCAACUGGCAGAGGUGCAGCGAACAGUGCAGGAGUUGAAAGACCUCUACGAGAACAGCACAAGGGAAAAGGAGGAAAUCACGCAAACCGCAGAAGACCUAAAAAUCAAAGCUGAGCGAGCAGACAAACUGGUGAACGGCUUAGCCGGAGAGAAGAUUCGAUGGGAGGAGAGCGUCAAGAAACUAGACAUAGAUAUCGGCAACCUUUACGGCGACGUCGCAAUCGCGGCUGCUUUCCUGUCCUACGCCGGGCCAUUUGGAGCUAAGUACUAAGUCAAUGCAGCCUCCCUCAUUGCCGUGGCUAGUUUGGAUGAAAUGAUUGUUGUGUGUGGAUGCUCCAGCCUGCAAAAAAAUAUAUUUUUGUUGGGUUUGAAUUUGUUGGCCACUUUCGUCUAGUCCAUCAAGCAAAAAAACUAAAAUUACAGGUACCGUGAUGCUUUGGUGUCAGAGAAGUGGAUGGCUCCUGUAUCCGAGUACGAGAUUCCUGUGACGCCAGGCUUCAAUUUUGUCGAUUUUCUUGCUGACCCUGCGGCAGUGCGUACGUGGAACGUGCAGGGCUUGCCGACCGAUGGCUUCAGUACAGAAAACGGUAUCUUAGUGACGCGCGGAAGCCGAUGGGCGCUGAUGAUCGAUCCGCAAAACCAGGGUAACAAGUGGAUUCGGAAGAUGGAAGAGCCACAGGGCUUGAAAGUGUUCGAUCCUAACACGACGGGGUUCAUGCGCACAUUGGAGCGAGCGAUCGAGUUCGGUACGCCUUGCAUGAUGGAGAAUGUGAAAGAGGAAUUGGACCCAUCUUUGGAGCCGGUGUUGGCCAAGCAAAUUAUCAAUCAGGGCGGUUCUUUGUCGAUCAAGAUCGGUGAGAACACGCUUGACUACAACAUCAACUUCAAGUUCUACCUGACAACGAAGCUAUCGAACCCGCACUACACGCCCGAAGUGAGCACCAAGACUACGAUCGUGAACUUCAUCGUCGUGGUUGAGGGUCUCACGGAUCAGAUGCUUGGUAUUGUCGUAGGCAAGGAGGAGGCGCGACUCGAAAAGGACCGGACAGAGCUGGUGGUGAAAGUAGCAAUGGGAAAGAAUCGGUUAGCUAAGGCUGAAAGUGUUUCAUUUCCACAGGUUCUUUUUCUUAGUUUCCUUCUUAAGGUUCGGAGAAAGUGAACCCAAAAAAUGAAAUGUUUUGAGCCCUAAGUUGGUGGAGCUCGAGAACGAACUUCUCCGCUUGCUUUCCGAAGCGAAGGGUUCACUGUUGGAUGAUUUGAAUCUGAUCAACACGUUGCAAGAGUCCAAGACUAUAUCCGAAUCAGUCACGGAGCAGCUCAGAUUAAGAAUGUUGGAAAUUCAUUUCCAAAGUCAUCUGGAAAGAGAAAACAAGAAGAAAAAGGGACCCAGAUGUUUUCUUGGAUGAAUUUCCUGCGCCUCUAAUCAGAGUAGCGGUGACCACGAUGGCGAAGAUUGAUGCCGCACGUGAGAACUACCGACCCUGCGGCUUGCGCGCUGCCAUUCUCUACUUCGUGCUCAACGACCUCGUCACCGUGGAUCCGAUGUACCAAUUCUCGCUAGAAGCAUACGAGAAACUCUUCGUCAUGUCAAUCGAGCGAUCGGCAGACAAAGGCGGCGGCGCGAGCAAUGUCGAAGAUCGGAUAGAAAUAUUGAAUGCCUAUCAUUCACUAGCCGUCUACAAAUAUUACGGCUACCGCCAAAGCAUCCUCAGCAGCCAUCCCUGACUCUUUUUCUACAUGAAAAAGAAGCCAGGAAUACGAUCAGGGAUGCAGCCGCGGUAGCUCUAAGAGUACGCUUGCCGAGGGCUGUUCGAGAGGCACAAAUUGAUGCUUAGCCUCCAUAUAGCCUCGAAAGUCCUCAAGUCCAUGGAAGAGGAUUGGAACGAUACAGAUUAAGGCUUCCCCUAAUCCAUCUUGAUGGGCAACACAUGUUGCUGGAGAUACGUUUUUUAGAUGCUUGAAGCACUAGGGGUUAGCAGUGUUGUGCCCUUGUAUUGUUUCGAUACUCUAACUUGAUGCCUUUGUAGUAUUACAAGUUCUCUUCGACUAAUCAGUUGUGCCUUUUAAAGAGAAAACGGCCCACGAUCACACUAAGUAUGUUAUGUAACUCAAGAAGAUGGAAUAUGUUGGUAAGCUCUAAACAGAGUACGCAUUCUUCCUACGCGGUGGCCAAGUCAUGGACAGGAGUACGCAGGUACCAACCUGGUGUAAUUUUUAGUACUUUAUUCACUUGCUUUGGUGUUUGCACUGGUUGUUGUGCUUAGGUCCUUAUGAGUCCUAGAUGGACUACUUUAUAGACGCUUGCUUCAUUCGCCUUCGAGAUGAAGUUUUACAACGUGAUUUCUCUUUCUUUGUUUUGCAAAUAUCAAUCUCGCUGUUGAUGUAGAUGCAACAUUUUUACAGCCCAGCAACGCUGCUCCUGAGUGGAUUACCCCAGCAAUGUGGGACAACAUCACGGAGCUGGAUACCAAUGUACCGGCUUUCAGUGGGUUCCAGCGCUCGCUGGAACAGAGUCUUCGUGAGUGGAAGAAGUGGUUUAGUAUGGGAGAGCCGGAGAUUGAGUCCCUUCCCGGCGAGUGGGACGCUAAGCUGGGUCCGCUUCAAAAAAUGGUUGUAGUACGCUGCCUACGACUGGACCGCGUGCUCCCCGCCAUUUCCGUCUUCGUGAGCGUGAAACUUGAUAGCAAGUUCGUCGAGCCACCGCCCUUUGAUCUCGCCACAGUGUACGAGGAAUCGCAGGCCGACGUCCCGUUGCUCUUUGUGCUGACACCAGGUAUGGACCCGACGCCGUUGUUGAUCGCCUUGGCUAACCAGAGGAACUUUCAAUGGAGCACGAUUUCUUUAGGACAGGGUCAGGCGCCAAAGGCCACCAAGCUGACACUGGAUGCCGCCAAGUCCGGAUCGUGGGCCUUACUUGCGAAUUGCCACUUGUCGGCAUCAUGGUUACCAGGACUUGAGAAACUCUUCGAGAAUUAAGGUUUGAGGAAAUACAUCUUUCCAAUCAUCUUUGUCCCGUUUCUAAAGGGAAACGGGUACGGAGAUACUCACCGGGAUGGAUUUCUGCAAGUUCUAAGCGAAAGUCGUAGAAGACAAGCCGCACCCGAACUUCCGGCUGUGGUUGUCCAGUAGCCCGACAAAAGUGUUCCCGAUAGCGCUGUUACAAAAGUGCAUCAAGAUGGUGACAGAACCACCAAAAGGUACUUCCUUACGAAGUUUAAGUUCUGGACUUCAAAGCCUGCUACAAUGUAAGAAUCUUUCAUGAACAACAACUAAUUAGUAUAGCACUUAUACCCCACGGUUUGGGACACUGCUACUACGACUGCUGCUACUACUUGAUCCGGUAGUUUUAGAAGUUGAUUUAUGAACAACUUUCUAGGGAUUGAAUACGAAGAACUCUCUGCUUUUCCUUCGAUGUAUCACCUUGCAUUUUGUGUUCUUUCUAGACCAAGUAGUUCCUUCUCUCAAAUCUUUGCUCAAAGGUCUUCGGGCGAACUGUAACCGAUUGGUGCAGAAUAUGGACCCACAGCAGUACAAUCGUGUCAAGGAGGCCUUCAAAUACAGGAGAUUGUACUUCUCACUGGUGUGGUUCCAUGCCAUCCUUCUAGAGAGAAAGAAAUUUCGCACGCUGGGUUGGAACAGCCCGUACGAUUUCAACGAUUCCGAUUUCGACAUGUGCGAGAACAUCCUUGCGAUGUACCUCGACGAAUAUCCGACCGAAGUGCAGUGGGAUGCGAUGAAGUACCUCAUCGCGGAAGCGAACUACGGUGGCCGAGUCACACAGGCUACGGACAAUCGCGUCUUGCGAGCGUAAUCUUAGAAGAUAGAUAUUUUUGUUUGGUUCUGUUGGUCUUGAGGUUACGACUACGAACGAGCAGAUUCUUCUUCAGAUUGAUUGUUGCUUUCUUUGGUUAGUUGGUGAUGUUUUUUAGUUGCUGUGAGCAAAUCAUCGAAGCUAGGCUUGCAAGAAUGAAAAGUUAGUAGUUUCUCACAGGAGCGCGACGGCUUUGACGUUAUCUAUCGUUUGUUUCGAUUUUUUUUACACGUGCUUCCACGUCGUCUUGAUCACGACCACCACCAGGUACGUGAACGACUUCUUCUGUCCCGAGGCGAUACAGAACAACAAGUUCUAUUUGUCAUCGCUGACGACCUACUACAUUCCGGAAGAUAACACUCUCCAAGCGUACGGGACGAUGAUAAAAGACUGGCCUAUUUAUGGGUUUCCACAUUGCAUCCUGCGCUACUACCAUUCUUGACUUGUUUCCCAAUAGGAAACAAGUAAGGGUGUUCUGAAGAGUGCAAUAGCGCACCCCCUAACCUAUGGCAGAGUCACCAGAAGCCUUCGGUCAGCACGUCAACGCAGAGAUUAGCUCAGCGUUACAAGAGAGUGAAGAUACACUCAUCAUCCUUGCCGGAAUGCAAUCAGACACCGGAGGUGGCGGACAAGGGAAGACGAAGACAAAGUACAAAUUGCUGUCCCUUUUUACAAUUCACUGAGUGCUAACAAGUAACCUGAAAAAAAAAUUCCCCGAAUAUGAAAAAUCAUACCUCUUUUAUUCAUUUUAAUUUUUUUCAGGGACGAGAUGGUGUUUGACCAGACGAAGACGCUGCUCGACCAGCUGCCGGAUGACGUUGAUUGGGACGAAGUUGCGAAGUUCAAUGAGAAGGACAAUAGUCCGUACAAGGUUGUUCUCUUGCAGGAGAUUGAGAGGUAUAACUUGCUGUUAGUCAAGGUGCGUGCGAACUUGAAGGAGCUGCAAAAGGGUAUCCAAGGUUUAGUCGUCAUUUCCGAGGAGCAGGAGCUCGUGUUCAAUGCGCUCUUCGAGGGUCGCAUUCCGAGUGCCUGGACGUUCGCGUAUCCAUCCGCGAAGCCAUUGUCCUCGUGGAUGCCGGAUCUGAGGGAACGUAUCACCUGCUUCGUCCGCUGGGGUCUUGAGGAGAUGCCUAUGGUGUUCUGGCUGGCAUCCUUCACGUAUCCGACCUUAGGGCUCAAUGUAAUCCAUCAUCCAGUGCGGCUAGUUGUAGUAGUUGACGAGGCUCAGAAAGAUAGUCUUUGUUUAGAGAAAUGUAAAGUACAUUGGUCUUCCUCGCUUCGUCUCGUCAUCAUUUCUAUACGCAUUUCUCACUGUUUCCCUCUCAGGAAGGUGAAAAAAUGGAAGUAAGAAAUGAAUUAAGCUUGAGCUCAUCUAACGACCGGCUUCCUCACAGCCUGCUUGCAGUAUUCCGCACGAAAGAACACUAUCGCGGUGGAUCAACUGGCCUUCGACUUUUAAGGCUUCACCUAAUCCAUCUUCCCGAACUAACAUCUUGGUGUGGUGCCGCUUAUUUCUAAGGGUAUGAAAAGAAGCAUCAGUAUAGAUUCAGUGACGAUGGAUUUCUCUUCUAAGACUUCCUGGCCCAGCCAACACCAGACCCCAGUCAAAUCACGCAGGCGCCAAAGGAAGGUAAACAACCUGAUAAAAGUGAUAUGGAUUUUCUUUAACAGCUGAGUUGUGGUAAAAUUUUUGGCAUGUCCAUCAGCUAGCCACACUUCUCCUUCCAAGAGAGAGAGCUCCGCUCCAGCGGUGCAGGGGCUUGCCCUAGAAAAUUAUGGUUAACGUCAAGAGUACAAUACGACGUGACACCAGCACUUCUCCCUACAAUUGCUUAUGACCACAGGUGCGUACGUGCGCUCCCUUAUCAUCGAGGGUGCCAAGUGGGAUUACGAGAACAUGAGCCUCGCAGAUGCAGAGCCAAUGCAAUUGUUCUCCGGCAUGCCGAUUAUUAUGUUCAAACCGGUUGUGAAGAAGAAGGCGGCGGGAGGCGAUAUCUACCAGUGUCCUCUCUACACCUACCCAGACCGUGUCGGUUCGCCAACACGAGCAUCGUUCCAUUAAGGCUUACAGUAAUUCAUCUUGAGAAGCAUCGUCUUUGAUCACCGUUUCUCUAAGGGAAGGAAAACGCGUCAAAGAUGGUUUUCAAGAUGAAGAUAUGUAAGGUCUAACUCCAGCUGUACAUAGAGCUCAAAUCUGGCGCCUAUGAUCCAGGCUUCUGGAUCAAGCGCGGAACGGCGAUGUUGCUGUCAACGGCCUAAACUUGUUAGACGAGGAGGUGUUGACGUACCACCUAGUAUAGUUCUUAAUAUUCGAGUAGACUUUGAGUGACGUUAUUUUUGAUGGUCGGGUCUACUUCUUACAGAUUAUCAUCGGUGUGAAUUUCCUGGCUGAGCUAUUACUAAUGAAUGUGUUCAUAAAAAUGCUUGUAAUGAUUAGCAAAUAUGUAUUGACUACGCUACCCAAAUUUUCGUACGUCUGUCGCUUCACCAUUGCUAUUGCUAGCAAUAUCUGAUGUAUAUGAUGUAUGAACUCGUCUUGACGAACAAGUUGAGUCUAUUUUCACUAAAUCUGUCUAGCACAAGGUUCUUCCUUUUCAUUUCUACAAGUUACGCAUCACGCCUGGAAGCACUUGCGAGAAAUCGCGAUAGGGAUGCUUCAGAGAUCUGUCACUUUCGCGCUUUCACAACAGAAGUACAAGAUCUGCACAAUAGAGAGCGUCAAUUGCAAAAUUGUUGGUGCUGCUUCUUCCGCGACAACAACCAUGGGGCCAGAGGUCAGCGUAGCUGAUGCUCGAUUUCAUGGUUGGUUUCAUGUAUGGAUUCAUUUUUAUAGAAGUUUCUGUGUUUCAAGUCAAAGAUCUUGUAAUUGAUAACCAAAUCAAUGUUAAACUACCUAGCGCUAAUUCUCAACAAGCACUUGUUCGCGUCUUGUGUAAUUUUCUUUUUCUAGUCUAAUUACAGUCGUGGUCUUGUGAAAUGGUGAUUCACAAGAAUCCAAAGCAACAGCUUCUUGUUCAUUUUUGACGUCGCUCGCUGAAAAAAAUUACCAAGAUUGAUUUACCCUACCGUCUGUCGACCUCACGAUGGACGUAUUAGGAAUACAAGACAGAGACGAACUGAAGUUUUCUACUCCCUUCUUGUCCCCGCAAGGAAACCAGAUACCUCACAAACGCGUUGUGGACUCACUGUGAAGUUAAUGAUCUCGCAACCCCCGAAAAUCUAAAGUAAACAGACGUGGAACG